AGCUCACACAGACCCUCUCACUUGAAAGAUGCUAUCGCUUCUCUGCCGUUCCCUCCUGCUCAUCCUUGCUCAACAGUGCUUCAGCAGGGCUCCGAACAAUGGGCAGCUGCAGGCCACUCGAGGCGGACAGUCUGCGGCUGAGAGGCGGCAGUUCUGCCAGUGGCCCUGCAAGUGUCGGGAGAGAGCUCACUGCGCCCCAGGGGUGAGCGCCGUCCUGGACGGGUGCGGCUGCUGCAAGAGCUGCGCCAGGCAGAUCGGAGAAGCGUGCAACGAGAGGGACGUCUGCGACCCGCACAAGGGCAUGUACUGCGACUUCUCAGCAGACCAGCCCAGAUACGAGGUCGGAGUGUGCGCAUACAUGAUGGCGGUGGGCUGCGAUCUGAAUGGGGCCCACUAUGAGAACGGAGAGGCUUUCCAGCCCAGCCCCCUCUAUAAGUGCACAUGUAUUGCUGGAGCCAUUGGCUGCACCCCUGCUUUCAUCCAGAAGCCUGCGGGUCUCUUAGGCACCGCCCCGCUGAUGGGCAACUUGCCAGCCGGCCUCCGCAGUGGUCAGAGCCCGAAGAAGCACCAGCAGGACACUACCUACAUGUCAGCUUACAGGGAUCCUCCUUUAGCCUGGAAGAAGAACUGUCUGAUCCAGACCACGCCCUGGAGUCCCUGCUCAAAGACCUGCGGCCUGGGAAUCUCCGUGCGCGUCAACAACGACAACGGCAAAUGUGAGAUGAGGAAGGACCGCCGCCUGUGCCUGCUGCGACCAUGUGACAAGACUGUGCUUCGGAGCAUUAAGAUGGCAAAGGGAAAGACGUGCCGGCCGAAGUUCCAGGCAAAGAAAGCAGAGAAGCUGACGCUGUCCGGCUGCACCAGCACCAAGAAGUUCAAGCCCACGUACUGCGGCGUCUGCACAGACAAGCGCUGCUGCGUCCCCAACAAGUCCCGCAUGAUCAAGGUCAGCUUCACUUGCAAAGAAGGCUCCAACACACAGUGGAAGAUGCAGUGGAUAACGUCCUGCGUGUGCCAGAGGAAGUGCAACAACCCGGGUGACAUGUUCUCCGACCUGCGGCUACUUUAACGGCGCCGCCAUGAGACGCCCAGAGACACAGACACAGGGUGUGAUCCUGCUGUGGUUAUUAAGUUCUCCUCAGCUGUGGUGAUGUGCCUCAAGGAAGCUGAAGACAAAACCCCUGAACUGAAACUACAAAACCUCAUUUCAUAAGAAUGGCGGGGAACAUUAACGAAGAAAAAACGCUCUUAGCUCUGAUGAAACCUUUUUAUGAACCCUGUCUUCAGGACACGUAUGUGCAAUAACAACAUGGACUGUGGCCAGUGUAGUAGCUGUAACAUGAAGCAGAUUUGACUCAUUAAGAGUACCUCAUAAUAUUAUGGUCAGGGAGCCGAAAAUGGCAAAAGAGAUCGAGUCCGACUCUUUCUUUCAACAGGUUGUUGCUGUUUACUUUUUCAGACAGACGAUGUUUUAAUCAGGUUUACAACAAUAUAAAUAUAUACAAAAGAUUUGGUUGUGUGAAGUUGUUUUUGGCUAGUUAUGGCUAAAAAGUGUUUUGUGAGGUCACACUGACCU